AUGGGGGACAAGAAACGCAAAGAGUCGUCAGGUGCGACUGACCAACCUCUGAAGAAGAGCAAGAAAUCCAAGACCACCGACAAAAAAGAUGCCUCCGAACCCAAGCUCAAGGACAAUACCAUGCCUGCUGAGGCGAGCAAGGCACCGAAGGGUCUGCCAAACGACAAACAAGAGAUCCUACCAUCAGACAACGUUGCCGUAACCAAAUCGAAGAAGUCACGCAAACGAGCUUCCGACUUCAUGAUCGAGGAUGAGCCACCGGUGACAGCAGAUACGGUAACCAAAGCCGGAGGUGACGAACCUGCUGAAGAGCUCGCUGAGCCUGUCAAGAAAAAAUCGAAGAAAAGCAAGAAAAGCAAAGCCAGUAGCAACGGAGAGACACUCACUGCGGAUGGUGUCAAUGGUGUGAUUGAGCAUACCGGGGCGGAGGAUCUAGAAACCGCCACGCCGCAUAAGCCAGUCUCCACCUCGAUGCAGGCAGAAGCAGAGCGCACUGUCGAACAUGAGCUUGAAGAUGGGUUUGGUGGCUUUGCAAGCGAGGAUGACCCGGAGGAUGCUGCCUCCGAAGUCGAGGCGGACGACAAUGCUGCUGCUCUGCUGGCCGGGUUUGACAGUGACACCGAGGACAAGCAAGAUGACGAACGGGUCGAUCUCGGAACGAUUCCUCCUCUUCCCAAAUAUAAAAAGACGCAGAAGAAGUUGGAGAAGGCCAGAGCGAAAGGCAAAGACGAUGGUCCUGGGACUGUCUAUGUUGGACGUAUCCCUCAUGGCUUUUACGAGAAAGAGAUGAGAGCCUACUUUUCUCAAUUCGGAGACAUCACCCGUCUACGCUUGUCUCGAAACAAACGCACGGGUGCGUCGAAACACUUCGCCUUCAUCGAAUUUGCGUCCGACGAAGUUGCAAAGAUCGUGGCGGAGACUAUGGACAACUAUCUGAUGUUUGGCCACAUCCUCAAGUGCAAAUACGCCGAGCCGGGCUCCUUGCACCCGGAUGUUUGGAAAGGUGCAAAUAAAAAGUUUCGCAAGAUUCCUCAUGAGAAACUCGAACGGGAGCGUCUCGCGGCGCCCAAGACUGAGAAGCAGUGGCAGAAAAAGAUUGACAAGGAGCGGCGCAAACGGGACAAGAAGGCCGAGAAGUUGAAGGCCAUCGGACUGGACAUGCCCCCGUCAACCUUGACCGCCCCUUCCACUGUCUUGAGCCAGAGGCUAGCUGAUCGUGAAGAGCCAAAGCAAAUUGAGAAUGGGCCCAGUGCCGCUUCCGCCGCUGUUGAAACCUCAGGUGAUCUGGCUAAAGGUGAAGUUGCCGUAGAGGGAGGCAAGAAGUCUAAAAGGGACAAGAAGGAGAAGAAGGAGAAGAAAAACCAAAAAGGUAAGCAGGAUGAAGUUGAUAUUGCCUUGAAUUCCGAGGCAACGUUGGAUCCCGGGGACGAAAAGGAGCCCCAAAGCACCGGCGUCGAAGACGAGGCACAGCCGCAGAGUGCUGAGACAACCACAAAGGAGAUGUCCAAAGCAGAGAGGAAGGCAUUAAAAAAGGCUAAGAAAGCAGCCAAAGAGAGCACUGGUGCCGCCGAGUCCAGUAAGGCCCCAGAAAUGGCUGAAGAAUCUGCUGAUAUUCCUGCCCCAGACGAGGAGGCAACCGCGAAAGAAGAGCUCUCGGCCGACUUCAUCUCCUUUGGCAGAUUUGACGACGGUGCGGGUAAACCGGAGGCAAGUUCAAGCCCAGCGGGCGGGAAUAAAUCGAAACCCUGGAAGGUCAAGAAGCCCAAGAAGGAACGCAAGAAUCUUGUCAAGGCACGAGGCCCGAAAUCGAACCUGGUCUCGACCAAGCCGAAACCAGACCCCAAUGCCACGGGCAAAAUGGGCCUUCCGCUUCUCGGCAAGGGCAAGUACGACAGGCCACGCGUCAAGCGCAUAAGGAGCUGA